GUCCGAGUGGUUAUGGAGCUAGUUUAAGGCACUAGUGCGAAAGCUCGUGGGUUCGAGUCCCACCCCUUUCAGUAACUUUUUGCUUUUUACAUCAUCUCGAAUAUUUUUAAAAUCUGUAACAAGUACAUAGAAAGCAUUCUUAACAUUGAUAAUUAUCGCUUUUAUAAAGCUAUACAGUAGAACAAAGAACCUUUGAACGAAAGGUGUGCGGUGUAAUAAAUAAUUGUCUUAUAAUACAGUCAAGCUUUUACGACCCUACUUUUCUUUGGCAAUUAAAAGUACAUGUGUCAGCACACACACGAGAACGACAAAGUUGAAAUAUUGCUGAAUGAGAGGAAUAUAAAUAAGAAGCAGAAAAAAUAUUUGCGCGGCCAGGUUUCGAUCCUGGGACCUACGGGUUAUGAGCCCGUCGGAGUUCCACUCUCCUACCGCGCACUCUGUUCAACCCACGAGUCGAACCGCUGACCCUAGAAGGGGACGAGACCACUCAUACAGAAGACUUCCUUGUAAUGUCGUGUACUUUAAGGAACAUAUAGAGAAUAUAGAACAGAAAGUGAAAUAACACAUCAAAUCUAUGAGAAAUGAGUAUAUAAAAAGGACUUGUUUCUUCAGUACUUGUGCCAGAAUAUACUUGAGAAUUUUUUUCUGAGUAAAACAAAAAUAAAAAAAAAAGCCAUUGGACUUUACGUGCUUGUAAAACUCCAUACCACUGUUCUUGCUAAUAGGACGGAAUGACUGCGAUACUUAGCAGACAACAUGAACUUACAAGUAAUGAGAAUAGUUUCUAUAAUUCCCAUGAUGUGGACUCGGCUUCGGCUUGGUUUGUCUCUUUGACCAAAGUGGUCAAUGCGAGUUAAAUCGUUGAAGGGACUCCUUCAGCAAUUUUAUAUAUAUUUAUUUUUCAAGCAUUCAUGUAGUCGAAAAGUUCUUGUGCUCUCGUAAAUAACUUUUUACUAAGGAAUAGUAUACCUUCCUUGGUUACUUUCAUUUCACUUCACUUCACGAAACAGAUUUAUUUCUCAUUAAGGUAAAAAUGCAACAGCUUCUGCUUGAUCCAGCCCUUCGAAACUGGGUUCUUUUACCCAUUAUGUUUAUUAUGAUCUUGAUCGGAGUUCUGAGGCAUAAUGCGACUAUUUUGUUACAAUCUUCUCCUAAAAGACUAACAAAAGAAGAAAUCCGGGAACAACGGUUGUUGCAAAGAGCGUUUUCCUUCCGAAACAAUGCAUGCUUCCUUUUACCCGAAUCUAUAAACAAUAGAAAGGACUUUUUAGUAGACGCUUUACGAUCAGGUAAAUACCUCAAACCUGCCGAUCCUAAUGCUCCCAAAAAUUUGAAUCCUAUGAUGGAUGACAAGACACUGGAGAAUUUGAUGGAGUCUAUGAAAGGAAACAUGUUGAUGGUUGUUCCCCAGACCAUUAUAAUGACCUGGAUUAAUGAAUUCUUUUCUGGUUUCAUAUUGUUAAAACUCCCUUUCCCGCUUACUUAUCAAUUUAAGUCCAUUUUCCAGUCAGGUGUGGCAACGCAAGAUCUCAGUAUUCAGUGGGUUUCUUCCAUAUCAUGGUACUUUUUGAAUCUCUUUGGGUUAAUAUCGGUUUAUGCGUUAUUACUUGGAGAGAAUAAUAUGGCUAGCAAUGCUGAAAAUGAAAUGGGAAUGGCAGGAUUUUCUAUAACAGCUGCUACAUCGCAAACUAUCCAGCCUGGACAAGAUAUUGCCAAGCUUAUGAGUUCCGAAUCUGAAAAUGUACAAAUCAUAGGAAAGAAUUCUUUAUUAGAGGACGUUGAAUCAAGGGUUUUGAAGCAAUUCGCCUAAACAAAGUUCGACAAAAAUUUUCGAACUAUUGCAUUGAUUUUAUAAAUACAAGUUGAUAUAUUAUUUAUAGUUUUUGUCUCAUGGCUGUUCUGAUGAUAUUAUCCAUACAAUCUUAAAUAUAUGAAGUUUGACUUUCGUUUAUUAUUACAGAUGUUUAGCUAUUUUCAAAUUCAAAGGUAUUGAAGGAUUCUUUACU